CGCAGGACGGUCUGGAGGAGAGCCCGGGCUCCUGUUGGCCUCACCUUUGGAGGCGCUGGCACCCGGCUGUACUGGGCAGACCGUGAGAGAGGAACCAUCAACAGCAUGGAGCUGGACGGCUCCCACUUCCAGGUGGUGCGGGAAGGGCUGCAUGGUCUCUUGCUCUUUGCCAUUGGAGAUGGCUUUCUGCUCUGGACCACAGCUUCAACCAACGGCUCCAGCAAGGUGUGGCACAGCCGGCUGGAGCGGGCCGAGAGUUGGUGGUUCACGAUGGAGCAGGAGCUGCUGGCCAUGAGGAUUUACAGCCAGUUCUCGCAGGAAGGCACCAACGGCUGUGCGGAGCGCAAUGGGGGCUGCGCCCAGCUCUGCCUGCCCAACCCCACGGGGCGGCUGUGCCGCUGCUCAGCUGGCUACCGCCUGGUGCACGAGGCAGAGUGCGUGCCAACCCCACCAUGCCUGGCCCCGCUCCAAGCCUGCCACGACCUCCAGAGUUGCUUCUCCAGAGAGCAGGCCUGUGAUGGGCGCCCUGACUGUGCAGAUGGCUCCGAUGAGCUGGACUGCCCCUCUGCAGAGGUGAAGACACGGCUCCCCACGGCAGCACCCUUCGGGACGCCCCGUGUGGAGGGAGGGGAGAAACCGACCUUACCCACAGCUGCACCCAGUCCUCAGCAGCCCGGCCCCAGCCCACCUGCAGCACCCAGCCCCCGGGAGCAUGGGGAGCCUUUCCUGGUACCCCCGAGCACCGAGGAGGUGCUGGGGGCUGUGCCGUGUAGCAGUGAGACGUGUAACCUGCGGGGGGAAUGUGCCAUCGAGGCUGGGCGGGUGACGUGCCACUGCGCCUUGGGCUACCGCGGUGACUACUGUGAGGAGGCGGAGGUGCAGCCCAUGGCGGGUCCCAUCGCCCUGGGGGUGGCCGUGCUCCUGCUGGUCACCGCAGCCUCCGUCGGGGCCCUGGCCUACAUGCGGAGGAGGGACAGCAGGAGGAGGACCUCUAGCACUGCCUCCACCCGAGCACUGACCCUGUACCACCGUGAGAGCGACCCCGAGGAAGAAGAUGAGGAGGACGAAGAGCUUCCCCCCAAGAGUGAUACCUUUGUGAAUGAAGCUUAUGAUGGGAAAGAGGAGCUGCCAGCCCCACUGGGGAAGGGACCAUCUCGCCCCUGA